AUGGCCAGCUUCGGCUCCCUCCCCACGGAAUUACGCCUCAAGAUAUGGUCCCGCGCCGUCGAACCCCGGGUCGUCUUGUUCGGUGACCUGGUCCAGAACCACCGGUCCUACCCCUUGCCUAGCGUCACUCAACUCAAUAUAGAGGCCCGAACAGAGACCCGGCAAGGGUAUGAGCCCAUCGGCUUUGGCUCAUACUUCGACUUUGACAGAGACAUCCUCGUCUGCGACCACAAGAUUUCGGACCAAGCCCCAGAUCCAUUCCUCGAGGGCCUAGCACCCCGGAUAAAGAGACUGGCAUACUGGGACUGCUUCCCUGACGACGGACGGGUAGAUGGGCCCUAUCAUUAUUCGGUUUACCUUUCCGCAUGUUAUCGACAACGGGAUUUUGGCAAGAUCGAAUUCGACCGGUUUUGGUUUCCCAACCUGGAAGAUUUAUGGAUUGUCAAGGUCGGAGAAAUUGACCCAGCAUGGAUGAUUCACGUCGACAUGGCUGCUCCAUACGAAGCGCGGUUGAAGCAGCUCGCGAAGCAAUUCAGGUAUUGGGUCGACGAGAACAUCAUCGAGAUGUCCACCCUGGACCUGGACGACCCCGAAGCCAGGGGAGUUUUGAACGAGGGCCGUUGUGGGAAGAUGGAUUGUCACGAGCUCAACAAGGAACGCAGCAAAAUGGUUUCCAAGGUCACUUUUAUCGAUGGAAAGUACGAGGCGCCCACGGACGGCAAAGAGUGGGUGCGAAUACUUCCGUGGCACGUCGACGAGGAGAAGGUUAAGGGUAACCGCACAUGCGAGAACAGAAUGCGAUGGGUGCUGGUGGAAAGGAUCCUAACAUUCGACCUACAGUGGGAGGGAUGGAGCGAGUCUGGAUGGGAGAUCAGACGCCAUGGAAGGGGAACAAAGUGA